AUGGGUGCCCGAGUGCCUCGUGGCAUCUUCACGUGCCCAAAUAGGGAAAACUUGAUCACAAUGGAAACAUUACGCAAGGAGUAUCCGGCGGGCUUUGCGACCUUUAGUGGCGAUAAGUUCGUGCUCCAUGCUGGCGGGUGCCAAUAUCGUAUUGCAUUCAAAGGCAGCCAUCUGAUUUACUUGCAUCCUCAAAUUGAGAAGUUCCUGGAACGCACAGUGUCUGUUCUAGUUCUAGACACCAACUUUAUCGUAUGGGCACCUACUCUUCGUUUGGGUAUAGAAAUCCCUUUCGAGUAUGGUCUACCGCAUCUUUCUGGGGAGGGACAAGACGAAGUUCUCGAUAUCCAUCUUAAAGGGAGCGAGCUAAUGCAUGCUUCUGACGGCAAUCUAUCUUUGCAAAUCAGGCGGGCUAAAGAGCAUGAAAUCACUCAGGCAGACAUUGAACCUGAUUUGAGAGCCAUGAUGCCGUACGAUAGCUCUCUCAAGACAAUUCACGCCAUGUUCACUCGUUGGCUUCGAUUCUACGAGUCCGCAGAUGGAGAAGAGCUCUCCACAGCGGGCGAAACCGGUGUUCUCAGUCUUAGUGAGAACUUUCGCGUUGACGCUGGUGGCGAUGCUGAUGAUCUUGGUUAUGAUGAACAGUUCAGUGAGGGCGAUGCCGGCAUGAACAUCUCGCUCGAUGUGCAAUCUGCCGUGGGCGCUGUGAGAAGACCAAGGGAGGCUGAGGGAGAUUGCCACGCCAAAACAAGACGACUAGGGUGA